AUGCCUUUCCUACUUGAAGAUUCUUGGUUUAAUAGAGAGUCGAGCUCCUUUAGCUUGUCCGAACUCGAUGGCUGCUCUCUGGCCGUCGACGCCACCUACUACCUCGGCCACCUUCUCGACACCACAGCCGCUCACGAACCUCUCCUCUCUGCCCUCGGUGGCUUGACCGGCAUCAAGAAGCACAUCAGCCAAGAUCUCGAAAAUUGGAAGGACCAUAACAUCACACCCUUGUUCGUUUUCGACGGCCAGUCCAUUACGGGCCAGGAUGAAGUGUCGCUGAAGCGUGCGCGCGCAGCCAACUCCAAGACGGACGAGGCAUGGAGCCUAUAUUCGCAAUCGUCCGCAGAGCUGGCCGUUAAUACUUUUGGCGCCAAUCCCGGCGCGUUUCGUAUCCAGAACCUCUACCCGCUCCUCCAAGAGAUACUCCACGACCGCAAGCUUCAUUUUCUCGUCGCCCCCUACAAUGCGAGCGCACAGCUCGCACACUUUGAAUUAACUGACUCUGAUCAAUGCGCUGGUAUUAUGGGCUCACAAGAGCUCUUGCUUUAUCCCAUCAGAGACUGCGUUAUCCGCAGCAUUGACUUUGAGAACAAGAACGUCACUGCCAUCUCUAGAAAACGUGCUUUGAAAGUUCUUGGAGUCGGAGAGGCCAUGUUCAUCGAUGCUCAGCUCAUGACUGGAAACUCGUUUCUCCCCACCUUUCCUCCGCUCCUGGAACCAUCCAUGUACCCCCAGCCCACUAUCGUGGAUGCCAUCAACAUUCUACGCGCUUCGGACAAGACUGUGGCUACAGCAUGUGCAUCUUUUAGUGAGGUUGUGGCCGCUCAGGAUCCCAACUGGCUGGACAAAUACCGCAAGGCUAGAAUGGCCGUUGAGCACUUUAUCCACAUUGACGAAGAAGGCGAAGUGCGAGUCCACGAGUUCGACACCCUCACUCAAGACAACCACGAGUACCUGGGCUUGCAACUCCCCGCCGAGUUGUUCCACUACCAAAACACUGGUCUGAUUGGCUCCAGAAUUCUGAACUGUAUAACACACGGUCAAAUUCUUGUGCAGCCAACUUUGGACGGAGUUGCCUCGGACGACUAUAAGAAACUGCUGACUUCUCACCUUGUACCCAUCAAAGAGCAGGCUCUUGGGCUUAUCAUUCCCAGAGUCCAUCGCGGCAUCGGACACAAGGACAUUACCAUGCGUGUAUGGUUCGACCCCAAGUUCUCAUACAAGAUCAACCACCGCGCUCUGCAGCCUGCUCCUUCUUCCAUUGUCGGUACCUGGGAUGUCAAGGAGCGGGACCUGCGUCAAUUUCUUCCUGCCGACUUUGCUGGUCCUAUUUAUCUCGAGGUCCUCGCUCUUGCCAACACCGACUUUGUUGCAAAGACCAUCAGCCGUGACAAGACUAUACGCGGCAUCGAUAGUACCGAGAUGGUGGUGUCAGUUGCUAUUUGGCGCUUUCUUCACCUCCGCGGCUAUGUCAACGAUUCACACCAGCUUACAAAAUGGGGCAACGCCCUAGCCACUACCUUGCUAGCUCUGAAGGAGGCCGCCGAGACUCGGCCGGAUGCCCCUGCUCUUGACGAGGCUGCGCUUUUGGCAUUUGAGCUUGUCAGGUUUGGCAUGCUCAAGGGACAGUACCAAGAAGGAACUCCUGGUCUUCCGCGCAAGGGCAGCGACGCAGACAAGGCUGCGGUGGUUCUCAUCAGCCAGGCCGCCACACUCCUCAAGCUGCGACACCAAGUAUUUGGCUACACUGGACCCCUGAACAAGAGCCUUCUCAUGUUCCGCUCUCUGUCAUCAGCUAUUCGCGAAGCUGAUCGUGACCUUAUCGAGGCUAUUGUUGCCUCGAUGUUCAUGUACGGUCAGUGCAAGCGUGAACGAGACGAUCACCUCGAAAUAAGCCAAAAACUUCCGUUCCUGCAGGAGCCUGAUAUCGGCCUGGGCAUUGCUGUGCGCACCUUUUUCGAGGACGACGAAGGUAGCGAUAGCAAGGAGGCACGCGCGAAGCGUCUUAAAGAGUUUCCCAAGACCUUCGUGCCCUAUGCCCAGGCUCUGACCGAGGACGUGCGCUUUGUUGUUGACUUUGUCAAUGGCGUCAACCAAGGCUUGCAGACUUUGGACAACAAGGAGCUGGCUACCGACCACAAGACGGCGUGGGCCAAGGCACAGGCAUAUCUCGACGCUAGACCAUUUUGA